AUGACCCUAGACCUCAACCUCGAUGCCCUGUCGGCUGCCGACGGGUUUCUAAGUGGUCUCUUAUUUCUUGACGUAACAAGACUGAAUGCCACUCAAUGGCCAAACACAAAUUCAUUGGUUCCACGUCCGCAGAGCCUCGAGUCGUGGAAAUGCAUGGGUGAUAUUCGGGCCAUUCUACAUGGCUACUGGUGCCAGAUGAUGAACGGACUCCCUUCCCUGGGACCUAUGAAUAUCAAUGACACCCUCGCUACCUUGACGAGCCCCACAACCUUCUACGAGGCCGCGGUCUUGUCAUUUCGAAACACUCUGACUGGUCAUCCCCCACAUACGCUAGGAGAAAUCGUUGCGCUUUGUAUUCUGUCGUAUGCUACCUCAUCCUACCUCAGCAACAAGGGCAGCUUGUCGACAAAUGAUGCAUCCCCCUGCAUCGAUCAGUGGAGAGAUUCGAUUAGCGAUCGCGAUCAUCGGCAAGCAUUCACUCAUAUCAUGGAGGCACUGUACCCAGGCACAGCCAAUCUGAACCCGACCCCGGGUCCCUCACAACACAUGGCAGAAUACAGUGAGCCCUUUGGUUUCACCUAUCAAGAUGCACCAUUUGGAAUGUCAUCACACCAAGACAACCUUAUCGAGGAUGACUUCCUAAACUAUCUUGCUAAUUACGGUGGUGAUCCCGUGCCUGACUAUUUCGCCCUGGGUGCUGAAUCCACAAAUCAGAUGGUGCAGAGGCACUGUGCUGAAAGCUAUCGGACCCGACCUACCGGGGCUGAACGUCCAAGUCUACGAGACUUACAAGGAUCAGCGGUCAUCACUCAACUGGUGUACUUUCUAGAAGAAUGUGGGGAGCUCCCCCAGAUCCUCUCUGGUCGGGGAGCCACUACAAAAUACGCCAAUUGCCCUGUCAAUCACCUAACGCCCAGAGUCGAUGAGGGGGUCAAGUCUUGUAUACAGCGCAUGCGACAAACCGAACUCUCUCUCGACACCACGUUCUCAGCGAUAAUUUCGGUCGUGGAUAGGUUUAUCCAGCUUGGGUACCUACGAACCACUGAAGAUGUUCAGGAAUACAUGCUCAUCGUCGGCAAGGCCGUUUGUGAAGUACUGCCGAUUGGUAGUGAAUACACUCGGGGCGACUUCACUCGCUAUGCCAAGAAGCGACCCAGUGCAGCCCAUUACAGGGUCAGAUCUUCGAAGGGCUACGGUGGUGCCUAUGAUCUGGCUUUCACAGAUUCUCGGACGGGCCGUGACUCAUUAUCUGGUCCUGAACCUUCUGCCGGGACUGCUAGUGCCAAUGCCACCAUGGUAAUUGAUGGUUUGCUUGCGAGCCUGAUUUAUCUCGAUGAGACAAACUCCAGUGCUACCCAUGUCCUCAGCACCAAACCACAGAGCCUUAUGCGCUGGGAAGCUAUUCUUGACUUCCGUUUCAAGAUCCAACGUUACUGGCAAAGUCUGGUCGAUAUUACACAAAAAGGAGAUCUUCCAGGCCUUCACACUUUGUUGGAGUCCUUCCCAACUUCCGCCCACUUAUACGAGACUGCUAUAUUUACCUUUCGCAACACCUUGACAGGCUCCGAGUCUGAUGAUCUUGAUGGUAUCUUUGCGCUUUAUAGCUUGUCUUAUCUUGCUUUAAGGCAUUCCCAGAAAAUGGGCAAGCCAGAUGCUGACAAUAUUUUUCGCGACAUCAAUAUCUGGCGGGAUUUGAUAGGCAAUCCUCAGCAUCGCCAACUGUUCGACGAGAUCAUUCAACGGCUCUGGAAUGACAUGACAGCAUCCUCCUUCCAAAAAAAAAACAGAACUCCAAUUCCCAACUGGGGAUCUACGCCAAUCGGCAGUCAUGAACAUCUUGACAAGCUUCAUCGCCAAUCGCAGGGAUCAAUGGACAUUCUGAGUGGACAUGGAGCGACUGCGAAAGGGCCAUAUCCCGAUGUUCCAAUGGCGAUUAAGAACUUCACCCAGGCUCUGAGGCGACAUGAUCCCUUUGAAGAUCCAUCUGCUCGUGGAAUACUCGCCAUUGUGGACAGAUUUGUGAAUCUGAAUUAUUUCCGGAACAUCGACAAAGUCCGAGACUACACAAUAAUAGUCGGAAAGGAAAUACUUCCCAGCGGCCAGGCCUUUGCAAAAGUCUGCAAAGCUGUUUAUUCGCCCACAGACAUGACAAAGACACCCCAAGUAGCACGACGUCAGCACCCAGUAUGUGCGCGAGAUCGCAAGCUGUGUGUAUCUUAUCUCAAGGACGCGAUGACCGUAGACAAACUGACAGGCAAACAACUUCAGAAAAAAAGUACCAUGCCACCAUUGCAAAGAAACGUUCACACAGAAGACCAAUAUGAGACGACACAUUGGCAGGAAACAUGCAAACUCCCGUACAUGCGAUACGCUGACGGCGUCUGUGAGUAA